ACACACACACACACACACUCACACACUCACACACACACACACACUCACACACACACACACACACACACACACACACACACACACACUCACACACACACACACACACACACACACACACACACACACACACACACACACUCACACACACACACACACACACACUCACACACACACACACACACACACACACACACACACACACUCACACACACACACACACACACACACACACACACACACACACACACAGACACUCACACACACACACACACACACACACACACACACACACUCACACACACACACUCACACACACACACACACACACACACACACACACACACACACGAGCCCCGCAAAGGACCGACACGAGUGGAAUUGUUCCCGCAGAAGAUGAGACUGUGCAGGUUUGAGGAGCUUCACUGAGCUGCAGUUUGAUCUCAGGUGACAGACCUUUGAUCUUGGCUCCUGCAGCCUCCUCCUGCAGUGCUGAGCUCUUUGGCUGGCUCCACACUUCCUUAGCAGAGGGGCUGCUGGCAGGAGCAACACCUGAGCAGGUCAUGAAGCCUCAAGAGGUCGAGCUCGUUACUGAAAUCUCAAAGUUACAAUGCAUGGUGUCGGAGCUGAAGACCGGCUUCAGCAGUGCCCUGAUGGAGCUCAGUCAGAUCCAGCAUGGAGACCUGUUCCUGAGGGAGGAGCUGGAGGAGAACAGGAGGAGCUGCCGCAAGAAAGCAGCUCGACUAGAGACUCUGGUGGAAGCUCUGAGGGAGGAGCUCGGGGUGAUGCAGUGUCAGAUCUUACAGCUGUACAGUCACAAACAGCGACCUCUGCAGGACGCAAAGAGCUCCACAUCCAAACUCAGAGAAAGCAGCGAGCCAGCAGAGGCGCCGUGUGACCGUUCGUCUGCUGCCUGUCUGUCCAGAGGAAAACUGCUGCUGCACUGUUUCCUGCAGGGACUCAAAGCAGGACUGAGUGAAGGCACAGACGCUCGACAUCAGGUGUCCAUGCAGCUGCUGCACUCUGAGUGGGAAUAUGUGUCAACGUUAAACCAGCUGUACGACAAAUACAAGAGUCUGCCCGCUCACCAGACCACCACCGAGCCGCAUCAGACUCACCUGAAGUGUGUGGAGCAGCUGCUGCAGCAUCACCUGCUCUUCAGGAACACUCUGCAGGAGAGAUUAUCAGCUGAUCACUGGAAGUCUCUGGUGGGAGACAUCCUGGUGCAGCUCGUCGGUCAGAACGACACCACGUUCUCAGACAUGUACCUCGGAUACACGACUACGCUGGCUUCUUUCCUCUCGCUCGAGUUCAACAGACUGAAUCACCGUCCACAGAAAAGCAACAAAAAGCAGACGGAGAGAGAGGAGAUGAAGCUGCUCUCGCUGCUGCUGGCGCCGCUCUCUCGUGUUCACAGCUACCUGAGCCACAUCCAGAACUUGCUGCAGUGGACGGGUAAAGAGCAUCCUGACUGCAGCCUCCUGCUUGGCACUGAGCGAGCGCUGAGGAGCGUUCUGUCUCACUGUCACGCCAUCCUGGAGGAAGACGUCCGAUGGGAGGAAGGAGACGGAACUGCACAAAGCUGCUCUGAUGCAGCGGCUGCUGGAGUGUCUGUGAACUGUUGCAUGAGGAGCCAACAAACCAGAGAGGCUCAUCAGGAGUCCAACGCCGCAGCUCACAGAGACCAGCAGCAGGUCACCGGCCUCACCAACGGGGUCGACGGCUGUCACACGAUGCAUCUCGAGCGCUGGUCCUGCAGCCCGGUGAGGAGGAAGAGUUGCGGAAGAGACCGUGGCGUCCAGAACACGCCAGCCAGAGACUGUGGACACGCUCACUGCUCGCUUCUCACCCCCGACACCGCCGGGUGGGGGGACAAUAGUGACUCGGGUCAGGGCACCUUCAGCCAUCCCACAGGGAAGGGGACUAACGAGCUGGAGGGACCUCACACCCACCCCAGCCUGGAGGAUUGUGAGACGGACCCAGACGACACCUCAGCCUUCGACUUCUCCUCUGUGACCUCAUGCAGCCCUGACGGCACGCUGCGCCGGGAGGACGAGGAGGACGAGGGGGAGGAGGGGGACGAGGGGGAGGAGGAGGACAGCCAGGUGCCGGUGCUGCUGAAACCCUCGUACAGCCAGCAGCAGCAGAGGGAGGCACCAAGAGAGAGGACGGUGUGUCUGAGGUGGCAGAUCCCCAGACUGACCCCCCACCCCCCCCUGAGGAGCCCCGCAGCGCCGUGUGCAGACGGGCCCAAGCCGUGCCUCGUCAGCUCCUACGGGAAGAGGCUGGUCAGCGUCAAGAAGGGGUCGCCGCCCCUUCAUCCAAAAAGUGCCUUCAGGCCCAUCUGGGACGAUCCAUCCAAACAGGCUGAUUCAGCUCCAGAGAGAGACAACAGACAAAGCUUCAUCCCCAUCCAAGCUGCAGCGAGGAAAAGUUUCCAGAACUUCAACCCGAGCAGAGACGGUCUGAGACCCGGCCUGUCUCAGCAGCGAGGUGUUAACUACGCGGCGGCCACGAGCAGCGGAGGAUUGUGGGAUGACAGCGAGGACAGCGAGGGACCGUGCAGCACCGUUUGACCCGCUCUAACCCGGAAACCAGAGGAGCCGCUCUAAAAACUGUUUGAAGGUCAAAGAACAUGUGAAGCCAUGUUGAGAGAUUAUUUGAUGAAUUUGACAAAGAAAGGCUC